AGGUGUGGCUAUGGACCAUUUUUUUUUAAAAGGGUGCAGUGAGGAUCUCUGCACAGUACUGGAUAUGAAAACAAACGCUACUGCUGAAUAAAUGUCUCCUUAAGCACUGGAUACUUAAGCAGAUUUUAACUUCACUACAGUAAUGUCUUCACAUCCUCAAAGAUCCCAACCUCAAAGGCACAGUGAUCACAUGACUACCAACCCACAGCAGCUCUCGGGAAAAAGAUAUGCUGUUGUACCUCCAGGACUGGAGGGUCUUAUAGAGGCAGAAGAGCUUAUUUUAAAGAAAAAAGUUUUUCAGACCAGAGGAGGACAGCAGCUCUUCUUCGUAAGUCAAGUAUCUGAAUGUUGUGGACCUUCUCUAAACUUAUAUCUGAGAAACUUUCAAAAGAGGAAUGUUAUCAAAAUCCAUUUGACAUCAUCUGGAAACUGUUGUGGAGGUUAUUCACAUGUGCAGGUUGAUGCUCCACAAGGACAUCCUAUUGGCUUUGUUAAAUCAUGCUAUUCUACAGGCAUACCAAAGUUCUCUAUCCACAAUGAAAAUAAUCAGCCCAUAUUCACUGUUGUCUGUGAGGACCCAAUAGAGGUAAUUAGUGUAACUGAGGGUGUACGUGUGGCCUGGAUAAAGAAAGAAAAAUCAUUUUCAUCUACUAAAGUCAUCUUCCACUUUCCAAUGGACAUGGAGGCCCAGAUGAAAGCUGUAAUUUUAGGAGCCUUCCUCUAUUUGAAUUUCCAACUCCAAAGAAACACAUCUUCAGACAGUGGCUUGGAGUGGGCUGAUAAUGAUAUUAUUUCUUGGGAUGUUGGAGGUGGUGGAUCUGACUGGGGUGGAGAUGCCGGUGACUAUGGGGGUGGUGGAGGUGACUGUGGGGGUAGCGGAGGUGACUGUGGAGGUGGUGGGGGUGACUGUGGGGGUGGUGGAGGUGACGGUGGGUGUGGUGGAGACUGAGGGGGGUUGAUUGUUAGGGAGGUUAUAACAACUAAAUUUAACUGCAGGUUAGUGGAUCUCACUAUGUGGGUGAUUAAUCAGAAUGUGGGUAAGAGUAAAAAUAAUAUAUAUA